AUGAGUGGUGUGAUUGAGAACCAGACCAGCUGGCUGACCCUCGUGGGCUUCGGGAAGCUGAAACACCUGGGCUUCCUCCCCUUUGCCCUCUUUCUAGCCAUCUAUGUGGCAACGGUUGGUGGCAAUAUCCUCAUCGUGCUUGCUGUGGCCUCCAGCCGGACCCUCCACACACCGAUGUACUUCUUCCUCUGCCAUUUCUCCCUGCUGGAGAUCGGCUACACAUCCAACAUCGUGCCUCGGCUGUUGCAGAGCUUCCUGGAAGGUGGGGACCUCAUCUCCUUGGUCGGCUGCCUCACCCAGUUCUACGUGUUUGCCUCUCUGGCUGCAGCCGAGUGUCUCAUGCUCUCGGCCAUGUCCUAUGACCGUUACUUGGCCAUUUGCCACCCCCUUCAUUACACGGUCCUCAUGAGCACCUGGUGCUGUAUCCGCCUAGCCACCGGGGCCUGGUUCAGUGGCUUCUUCUUCUCUGCCUUCACUCUGGCCUUGGCAGCCCCUCUGUCCCUCUGUCCCGGCCGCAGGGUGAUUGAUCACUACUUCUGUGACUUCGCUCCGGUUGUAGGGCUGUUCUGUGGAGAGGUGUGGGUCAUGUGGGGGGCUGGCGUGAGCAUCUCGGGCUGCCUCACGCUCGCCCCCUUCCUGUUGAUCGUCACGUCCUACGUCUUCAUCCUGCGGACUGUGCUGAGAAUCCCUUCCGGCCACGGGAGGCAGAAAGCCUUCUCCACCUGCUCCUCCCACCUCAGUGUGGUUGCGGUAUUCUACGGCACUCUCAUCGUGGUCUAUGUGGCCCCGACAGAGCACAUGCCCGCCUUGCUCCGGAAGGCCUUCUCUGUCUUCUACACAGUGCUUACCCCCAUGCUCAACCCUAUCAUCUACAGUCUCAAGAAUCAAGAGGUCAAAUGGGCUCUCCGUAGGCUCUGGAGGCAGCUCCUCUGA